CGCCACGUGGCCUGAGAGCGCAAAUGCAGCACACUUCGAGCAAAUUUCACUUGUUCCACUUUCCAUGCGAACACUUUGCCGACCACUUUGACCAGCUGGUUCAUUUCCUCACAUCCCGACUGAGAACAUUACAGUUGGUCUGACCGCAGUCUGUCAAAGUAAGCUGUGAAGAGGGAGGAAGUCUAAACCAUAAUGAAGUUACUGAUUAACGUCUGCCUUAAGAUGGGUGGCAUUAUGGUAACCUUUGCCCAGCAACUGACUUUAUUAUUUCGAGAAAAAAACAAAAGGUGGGGAAGAGGAAGGAAGACUAAAACAUAAAGUAGCAUUUGCUUCUUUCUGAAACAUCGUCUGUACAGGUUUGGCAGGACAUAAAAAUGGCUCCGUGGGGCAGCCGCGUCUUUGCGUGGACGUUUCUCGGUGUGGUUUUCUUCUCAAACACUCGUUCUGCAACUAUUCCUGAUGUCCAGAACCUCAGAGGUUCCCAGAGACAUCUUCUGGAAGAUGGACCAUCCACUAAUUCCACUAUGACAACGGCGGAAACCUCAGACGGGAGCUACACAUCCAUACAGUGGUCCUAUCUGGCAGCGGGACUCGGUACCGUCCUCUCACUCUCGCUCUUUGUCGUUUUGGCUGUGAAGUUUCGGCUCUUCCACCGCUUUCUGGCCAGCUACAGGCACUCCCUGCUCCAGGAGACCGACGGGGCCAGCCAGUACGGCCCGGAGGACACCUCGUACCCAAACGUGUCGGGCCACAUGGGAGUGAUGGGAGGCAUUGGGAGGGGAGUGGAGGACGACGACGACGGCUUCAUCGAGGACAACUACAUCCCGACCAGUGAGAAAGACAGGGCCGAGAGAGAACGCAGGGAGGGCAAAGUGGAGGAGUUGGAAGACAGUGAUGACGAUGAUCUGCACUUCAGCAUUGGGUGAUUAUAGAUGGAAUUACGGAAAAACUGCUGGUUCAUAACUCAGAUUAAUACUUUCUUAGGAACCAUCGCAAAGAAUUUUUUCAUAUUUGUGUUUCUGCCCAUUUGAUGAUAGUUUGCAGCCCAUGAAUUUCUCAUUUGGUCCUUGACGUAUCUUAACUUUACCCAGUUUGAAACAAGCACCUCAUAAAAACUGCUGUAUGUAACUUUUCUAAAAAAAAAUGUUUUUCUUGUCACAGUUUAGUAUGAGACAGAUAAUGUAUGAGAACAAUCAAACUCCCCCGCCUUCUCCCAGUGCUAACUCCAGAAAUACACCAUUCAGUCAUACAAGCAAUCAGAGAAGUCUUUAUUUCCCGGACCAAAAGCAGUCUAUAUCAUUUAAAAAUAAAAAUAAUCAACUGAAAAACACAGAUGCAUCCAUCACAGAGCAUACAAACAGUUAUUCAAAUAUUUAACCCUCCCGCGGUCUUAGCACAAAGCUCAGGAUGAGCGCGGCAGAUGUCACAGUCGGACAGUGGGGAGUAAAAAGCUUGUGGGGUCAAAAUGACAUCGUCUCUUCAAACCGUUGGAGGGUUGAAAAAGCUGAUUAAGUUGAUCGACACAUUCAAACGACACAAAAUGUUUACUUGUAGUUCUUCGGUGAGACACAGUCAGAGCCAUGAAGAGGGUCUUACCGCUGUCAGUCAUGCGUGUGUACACGCUUGCCAGCAGCAAAGCCUUUCAUGAAUGCUAAGGCUAGUUAGCACGGCCACUGAUGACAGCGGAUUAAAAGAUUGACUGGAACGCUAAGUUGUGUCUCCGCCAUUGGCACAAUUAGCAGCUCAUACGCAGGCAUGAUUGAUAUCACCAACACCCUCCUCUGAUUUUCAAUUUCUGUUUUGUACCAGGAGUGGUUUACUUCUGCAAUAGCACAUGGAGGAGUUGAAGGAAUUUGAUCUUUUCAGAGAUUAUCUGGCUCAUAACAUACUGUCACGGCAUGGUGACGGUUUGAACAAAUAUGUGAAAAACAUAUUUUUACUGCAGCUUUAAAAUAAUUCAGUGACGUUACAGCACACUACAGAAAUCCAGCCUCAAACACUUCACCUCACUGGGAAGGGCAGCGUUGUUUUUUUUUUAUGACAGGCUCAGGUGUUUGAGGUCUAGUAAUAAAGUUGAUGAGCUUGCAGUUGUUGCAUUUCUUGUGCACACUCUGACCUCUGAUUGCACUUUUUUUUUAAAAUGCUCAGUGUUUCAGUUAAAAUGAUUUUAUUCACAUUAUAUGUUCUGUUUUAUGUAGAGCUUGAAGACCACACAAAAAACAUCAUAUUCAGCAUAAACACUUUAAAACAUUUUAAUGCACAUGUGAAAGAUAUAGAUAUGUUUUCAGAAUGACUGAAAUCUUGUCUCGAGGUGAUUAUGUUUUGAAAAUCACAUUUGCUACAGCCUUAAUGUUCACGUAUAUAUAUUUUUUUACAUUACAUAUAUAAAAUUUUCUCUGAACAAAUUCAUCCAUUGUAAUGUUUUAAAUGACUUAAAUGACUUAAAUUACAUCAACGUUAUUUACAGUACCUGUAAAUAACAGGUUUCACAUAUUAGGACAUUGUGAAAAAUAAUCUGUUCUUAUAUGUUCUGCUUAUUUGGAUCUAAACUGAAAUGUACAAAAACAUAAAGUGAAUCCUGCUCUGUUA